AAACACAACAGCUGACUGUUUAACACUUGAAUGAAACCUGAGCCGCACACAUGUAUGAGAGGAGGUGAUAUUUGUAUUUAGGGUGUACUGUCCUUUAAACACGGAGCAGCAGCAGAUCUUCAUCUUCAUCAGAGGAGACGGGUCUUCCUCAGCAGCUGAGCUCACAGCAGCGGACAUCAUGGACUGAUCAGCGUCAGUGUGUGAGGCGAUGUUCAGAUUUGUUUGCCAUGGAAACGGAUAUGAUCCCAAAAUUCUCCUCGAAAGACGAGGAGAUUGACUUCUGGAAGGCUCUUUCCCUCAAGUACAAGACAAGCUGCCAGGAGGCUCGGGAGGAGCUGCUGGAGUUCCAGGAGGGGAGCAGGGAGCUGGAGGCCGAGCUGGAAGCUCAGCUGGGCCAGGCCGAGAGUCGUAUGAAGGACCUGCAGACCGAGAACCACAGACUCAAGAAUGAGGUGGAAACACUCAAGGAGAGGUUUGAGCAGCAGUACGCUCAGAGCUACAAGCAGAUCUCCAUGCUGGAGGACGACCUCGGCCAGACGCGCAGCAUCAAGGAGCAGCUCCACAAAUAUGUGCGAGAGCUGGAGCAGUCCAACGACGACCUGGAGAGAGCCAAGAGAGCGACCAUCGUGUCUCUGGAGAACUUCGAGCAGCGUCUGAACCAGGCGAUCGAGAGGAACGCCUUCCUGGAGAGCGAGCUGGAUGAGAAGGAGUCGCUCCUGGUGUCUGUGCAGAGAUUAAAGGACGAAGCCAGAGACCUGCGGCAGGAGCUGGCCGUACGAGAGAGGCAGUCAGAUGUAAGCAGGAUGUCCGCUCCAAGUUCGCCCACACAGGACAAUGUGAAGAUGGACAGCGCUGUGCAGGCCUCCCUGUCUCUCCCUGCGACCCCACUGAGCAAAGGUCUGGACAACGCCUUUGCCAACCCAGCAGUUCUAUCAAACGGCUUUGGCAGCAACUCUCCGCUGACUCCGUCUGCCAGAAUAUCGGCCCUCAACAUCGUCAGUGAUUUACUGCGGAAAGUCGGGGCUCUGGAGUCCAAGCUCGCCGCCUGCAGGAACUUUGCCAAGGACCAGAAGGCGAGGAAGGCGUACUCUCUUGACAACAGCAACGUGCUCAACGCAAACACGGCAAACUACUCGCAGUCACUCCACACAUCAUACUUUGACAAAGCGACAGAGAUGGUCACGUUCCCGUCACUGAUUCUGGCAGGACGGUGAACGGACUGAAACCUGGCGCCCUGACAGCCAUCACGGCCCCUCCCGCCGCCUCCUCUGCAGGCUUAGUGCCCCUCGCUGUGUGACGUGAAGCCCAACACACUGGUCGCCUCGACAUAUAAAGAAGAAAAGGCCUCAGACAAAUACUGUAAAUCUUGGUUGGUGUACUGUCACCCUGGGCCGUCUCUGUUGCACUGUAGCUGUGGGUCCCUGUCUGUAUAUCUCAUGUGUUCCUGUUUCUGCUGUCGGCUCACUGGCUCGUACAGAACGGUGCCUCACCAGACUGCUCGGGACACAUUUAAAGGUUUCUUAAAGCUCUCACUCUGAUUUGUAAAACGUGUGCACCGUAUAUCUAAAAAGGGAAAUAUUAUGCAAUUAAAGGUUUUUUAAAAUAUUUAAACAGCUUUUUCAACAACAUUAACGAGCAAUAACUUGAGCUGAGUGCACUCACACCCACCUGCUGACGCUAUGACUGGAGAAGGAGCAGUUGGCUGAUGUGCAGAUGUCCUGGAUGAUGUGCAUCAAUUAUUGAUGCUCCAACAUGUGCAGCAUGUGAGCCUGACAGGUUCAUGUGUUACACAUUAUCUCAUGUAACCCCUGUUUUUAUUGCAUCUGGAAGGGAAGGGGAGUCUUUGUGUCUUUGUGUCCGUGUAGUGAGUCCAACACACCAUCUGUCCUCUGAGCUGUGUGACAUGACGUGUACAGUAUUGGUCAUAUUGAUCGUUUAUUUUUAGGCGGCCAUUGAAGUGGAGCUGUCGUUGUGUUUGGACCAGUUAAUCAGCAUCUUGUUUCCUGUAUUCAAAGUGUUUUACCCCGUUUUAAAACCUUUGACUUGUGACUCGACACUCGGCAAGUGAAGCACUUUUUAUUCUUUUUCAUUGGAGUGCAAUAUUGCCUGUUUGUUAUAGUUUGUGGGUUUAAUUUAUUUCAGAUUUCUUUUACGGCAUGUUUUAAUAAAAGGUGUAAUUCUACUGCA